AAAUUUAUUUCAGAGAAGGUUUCGAAUGAAUUGAAUCUUUUUCCUUCGUAUUCCAUCUAUGGUGAAAGCUUAUGAUUCAUAUUUUGUCCAAAAACAAGACACUGUUGGAAUUACUGGCUUGUCUUCCCUUCAAAAAAUGACAGCCGUCAUAAGGAUGAUUGCUUAUGGAAUUACAGCAGAUGUUGUUGAUGAUUUUGUGAGAAUGGGCGAAAGCACCCCAACAGAAAGUUUGAAAAGAUUUAUGAGGGUGGUAGUAACAAUUUUUUCUGAUAAAUACCUCAGGUCACCAAAUAACGAUGACAUUGUUAAAUUAUUAGCAAUUAGUACCAAUUGUGGAUUUCCUGAAAUGUUGGACAACAUUGACUGUAUGAAUUGGAAAAUGAAGAAUUGUCCAAUAGCAUAGAAAGGUAUGUAUUCUAGUCACAUCCAUGAACCAACAAUUAUUUUGCA